AUUGACUUUUAAACAGAUGGUCUAUUAUAUGUACAACUUGGGCAAUUUUUAGUUGGUGAGUUAAAGGAAGAUUAGAUUUGGUGGACGUUAAAACUGAAAUCUCCGAGGACUCCAAUACUUUUUUCUUUGCUUCGACAUCUCUACCUCUACCUCUACCUCUGCCUCUACGAGUUUGUUUGUUCUACAGGACUAUUUGUAAUCCUGGAUUGGCCCUCGUCAAGGAAUUUGCUCCUUUGCUUGCACCGUCUCCUCUCUCUCUCUCUCUCUCUCUCUCUCUCUCUCUCUCUCUCUCUCUCUCUAAUCAAAGCCGCCGCUUGACAAAUCUGCUCCUCGAUUUUCCGAUCCGAUAGAAAUGGUGUUUGACUAGAGAACCAACGAAAAAAUAUAAAAAAAUAACAAGAUGAUGACGAAGUCUUCUUCCGGUGGAUUCACCAUCGCCGGCAGUGCUCCGAAGCUCGACGUCAAUGAUCGGAUCGCUCUCCGAUACUACUAUCGGAUUGCUGAUAAUAUCCUCAAACAGGCUGACAUCUUUCGAGAAGAGGACAACAUUAUAGAUCUCUAUGUCAUGCUUCUCCGGUUUUCGAGUCUGGUCUCUGAAACAAUACCGUGCCAUCGAGAGUAUAGAGCGUCUCCACAAAGCAAUAAAAUGACUUUAAAGAAGAAACUAUUGAGUGCCGUGAGUGAAAUGGAGAUGUUGAAGCCAAAAGUGCAAAAGAUUGCUGAGUUAAACAGAAGACACAUAGAUCAAGCAAAUGGUUGGGGUCACGUUCCUCAAAACAGUCGGUUUGAUUCCUCAUUGGAGUGGCCUCCUAUCAAAAAGCAAAGCCUGACAAGUUUCGUUAUAACCAAGACACAGCGUCCUGCUGCUCAAGGAUAUUCGUAUCAAGGUUCAAGGACUCAGCCAUCUGUGCAUGCCAAGCCUGUAGAAGAGCAAUUUCGCAGAUUAUCACUAACCAUCCCCUGUCCAAAGGAAGAAACUCGUUCGAGACAUUCUAUUUUGGGUCCAAAUGGGCUCUAUGGGCAGUGGCAACCUCCUAGUAAUGAUAAAAGGGUCCAAUAUCCAAGCAAUAUAGACCUUACUCCGGUUGAAAUCCCAAGGGAAAACAGCCUGCGCCAAGCUCCCGAAAAUGGAGUGUUGAGUGAAAAAGCCUCUAGCGCCUCAGAAAACAAAAAAUUACAUAUCGAAGCGAUUACCCCUUUAAAUGAUGAUGAGAAGAUGAAUCGUGAUGAGGAACCUGCCUCCUUGAUUUCCUUUGAAUCGGUAGAAACUCCUCUGCAAACAGCUAUUAUCAGACAGCCUUCUCCCCCUCCUGUUUUAGCAGAUGUACAAGAUUUGAUUCCUCCUUCGGACCCAGUAACUGAGGCAGAUCAUGGAAUGGAAUAUUCCUUGUCUGGUGGUUUAGUUUCUUCGGAAUCUCCACUGCAAUUGCACAUUUCAACAACAUUGAUGGAUAGCUUUAUGAAGCUAGCGAAAUCAAAUACAGACAAGAAUUUAGAAACUUGUGGUGUUCUCGCUGGUUCACUUAAAAACCGGAAGUUUUAUGUAACAGCGCUCAUUAUUCCAAAGCAAGAAUCAACAUCAGAUUCGUGUCAGACGACAAAUGAAGAGGAAAUAUUUGAAGUGCAGGAUAAGCAAUCUCUGUUUCCCCUUGGGUGGAUUCAUACGCAUCCUACACAGUCUUGUUUCAUGUCAUCAAUAGAUGUUCACACUCAUUACUCAUAUCAGGACACCUUGGGGAGGUUAGAAUGCCAUUCUUUAAAGUUUGGAGAGCAAAACCUCAGUUCUUGAAUCCAUUUUUAGUGACAAUCAUUGCCGAUGCAAUCAUAAAAAGCUGUCUUCAUAAUUUUAAUAAGUGAUUCUAAUCUGUGAUUUGGUAGAAAUAACUGCUUUGUUUUGAUGGCAUUUUGAAAAAAAAAAUUUCAACUCAAAAAUAGUCAUUACCCCUACUUUCAAUCAUUAUUCUCAUUUCUCUCUCCUCUCUCCAAUCAUUAUUCUCAUUUCUCUCUCUAUUUCUCUCCACUCAUUACCCCUGUCUCCAAUUAUUACUCUAAUUUCUCUCUCCACUCAUUACCCAAAAACCAAACUAAAAAAAUGUCCAAACACCAUCCAAACAAGGCAAACGUUUUCUCUUAUACCAACGUACUUAGCAUAUAACAUAUUUAAUUUUAAAUCUAGUGUGUCCCCAAUGGUUUCAUGUUUUACUUUUUUUGAAAAACUAAGAUCUCCGUGUAUCCUUGUGUGUUGGUUUGUAUCCUUACUUCUUUACCUACAUACUUAUAAGGGAAAAUUAGCCAUAAGGAUAGUAAAAUAAUUUUCAUUUAGGGGAAGGACGCUAGUAAAAUUGUUUUACGUGGAGGUCCUUCAACUUUUUGAGUUUUUUAGUCGUAAGGCCAAAACAUGUUUAGGCACUUUCAUAGGGUUUUAGGGUGCACUUUCCUAAUAUAGGGUUUUAGUGGUUUAGGCACUUUCAUAGGGUACUCUAGGAUUUUAGGCAAUUUCAUAUAUAGGGUACCCUAAGGUUUUAGGCACUUCCAUAGGGUAAUAAAGGGUUUUAGGCACUUUCAUAGGCAUAUCUAUCCUUAUAUUUGAUUGCAAAAUGUGCUUGUCCUUGUGCUCAAAAAAUGAAAAUAUGAGGGAUUUUUGGCUAAGUCUCCCUUAUAUCACAUUUAAGUUUCUAUCCAAAUAAAACAUUGAUAUUCUGCAUUGUCCGUACUAGAAAAGAAUCGUUUACCAAUUAAUCUACCGCCAUCCUUCAUUCCUUCCUAUUCCUCCAUUAAACUUGUGCUCAAAUUAAUUAUUUAUUUGUUAUCAUGGAAACUCACGUUUUGGAUUUUGAAUUUUUGUACUAGCUUUACAAUUCAUUCAAUUUCCUUUAUGUAAUAUGAACAUUUUUCACCAUCACCUUACUCUCGUUGGAAAUAGUUUUUUUCCUUUAUAUGAACUGAUAUUGGAUCUUAUAUAGCGAUUUUAGUUUCGAUCAUAUAGUGAUCGAGUUAGGAUUUUCUUUUGGUCCUAGAUUGGAUAAAUGCCACAAUAGAUUGUGUUUUACAUUGAAUAAUUGUCUAAGAGCUUUAUUUUCUACA